GUCGCGGUAACCACUGAUUUUGCUACGCGGUUUCUCACUGAAGUUCGGGAAAUGCAAGUUCUAGUCUUGCUAGUGGCUCUGCUGAGUGUGUGUUCUUGGACUACACUAAGUGUGGAUGGUGUGACCAUCUCUCUGAAUGGUGAGCCUAUUCCAAACAAUAGCAUAUCAAGGAGAAGUGUGUACGACUUUGAGUGCAAGUUAUAGUCUUGCUAGUGGCUCUGCUGAGUGUGUGUUCUUGGACUACACUAAGUGUGGAUGGUGUGACCAUCUCUCUGAAUGGCGAGCCUAUUCCAAACAAUAACAUAUCAAGGAGAAGUGUGUAUGACUUUGAGUUUGUGAAUUCUUCGACAAAGCUAUGAGGUGUUAGUCUGAACAGUCUGUCUCUGAAAUCCCUGCAUCUACUUAUGGAUGUCAUGUUGGUGGUGGAGAUACUCC